AUGCUUUCUCGGCUGAUCUUUCUUUCUUUCUUUCUUUCUUUCUUUCUUUCUUUCUUUCUCUCUCUCUCUCUCUCUCUCUCUCUCUCUCUCUUACACUUCUGGUGUUUACCUCUAUUUUUCUGUUUGUUUCCCUCUCUCUCAUACUCUCUCUGUUUCCCCCAUCUCACACUCUCAUCUUCCCUCUCUCUCCUCCUCCUCCCUUCUCUCCCUCUAUCGUCUCAUCUCACUACCCCUCUUUCACUCUCGUCUCCCCCUUCUCUCUCUCACUCUGCUAUCUCUCCCUCACACUCUCCUCCUCUAUUUCUCCCCUCAUUGUCUCCUCCCCCCCUCCCUCCUCCUCUCUCUCUUCUCUCUCACUCUCCUAUCUCUCCCCACUUUCUCAUCCUCUCUUUCUCCCCCUCUAUCGUCUCCUCUAACUCCCCCUCUUCCCUCUCUCCUCUACUCUCUCCCUCUCUCUCUAUCUCGCUUCUCUCUCUCCACUCUAUCCUCCUCUCUUUGUCCCCCUCUAUCGUCUCCUCUCACUCCCCCUCUUCCUCUUCCUCUCUCUCACUCUACUCUCUCCCACUCUCUCUAUCUCGCUUCUCUCUCUCCAAUCUUUCCACUCUCUCCUCCUCUCUUUCUCCCCCUUUCGUCUCCUCUCACUCUCCUCUCUCCUCUUCUCUUACUCUCCUCUUUUUAUCUCGCUCCUCUAUCUCCCCCCUCUCACUCCUCUCGCUCUCUUUCUCUCAGGCGUAA